GGCGUUCGCUCUUGCCUUCAUCUUUCGCCGUCGUUUCCGUCGCUCGACGACCAAGGGUCCCGGUAAAGGUGUCUCCAUAGUCGAAUCCCGGUCAAACCAGAGCUGCCCGCUAUGAAGCUCGAUAUCCUCGACACCGACUAUCUGUCGUCGACAGACGCCCCCGCGGGAGGGCCGCUUAGGGCGGCGUACGACUCCGCCAUGUCCCUCGCCCCGCUCUCCCGCUGCGUCCUCGUCUCAUUCACGGCCGCCAUCGUGCUUCUGCUCCUCGCGCGCGCGGCGAUCUGGGCGCUCAGGACCCGCGGACGGACCCCCAACGACAACGGCAUGGAGAAGCGGCAGCAGGGACUCGAGCAGCCCCGCCGCUGGCCACGGUACCCUGGCCUCAAAUGGGAUGCGCUCCCGCCGCUGAACCUCCCGGUGUCGCUCACCAUGCCGCGGCGCCCAGCGCGCGGCGUGGGUAUCGGUCUUGCAAGCACUACUCCCGCGCCCCAGAUGGCUGAAGCGCCGCUACCUGCCCGUUCCGCGUCGGCCACGCAGCCGAAGCGCAAAGGCUCUCCCAAUCCAUCAGGUCCACACGUAUACCAGUCUGAAGUCCCGGUGUCGAUGGCCAAGAUCAUCAUGUCAAGACAUACCUAUCGGAGACCAGGCACCCCUCGGCCCACCAAGCGCCCCGUUGCGCCGGCGUCCGCUCCUUCAUCCCCAGCGACACCCGCACCUGCACUUGCACCCACAAACUCCCAACACAUUUCGACCCAACCCCAGCCCUCCGCCGCGCCUCAGCAGGACUCUCCCGCGGAUGGCCCGCAGGAAUGCAUGGUGUAGUCCAUGCCCGCGCGAGGCUCGACUUCCACGUAUGCGCGAGGCUCGCACGCUCGCGCAAGCGGAUGAAUCGAUCGUGUCAACGCAGCGCAUAACGCGCGCAUCCACGUAUGCGCCGCGAAUGACGCGCGUGCGCACGCGCAUCCGUCUCUCCCAUGAUAUCACCCAUCCGAGCCUCCACGAUAUCGCCGACGAUGUAUAUAUUCGCAUGAAAGCCUAUUUAUGACCGCACGCGCCCCCACGUCUUCUCUUUCGCGCGGCCCGGCUUCCCAAGCCGUCGUCCUCCCGACCAAGUCAUCGUCUGGCUUCCCGAAGUCAUGGUCGUGGCUUCCCAAGUCAAUGCCCUCCCAUCCGAAGUCGCCGUUCUGACUACCGAGUCGUUGUCCUCAAUUACCUGUCCUCUCGCGCUUUUCCGAAUGUCCUCCGGCAAACGACCCUCGCACACAUCGAUUCGCCGCAGGAUCCUCCGCGCAAAUGCUGCGAGGUGCGCGCCCCGGCCCCGACGAGGUGUAUGUGCGGCUUCGCCAUAAUGGCCGUGCCUGCCACGUACUCGAGCAGGCCCGCCUACCGUGCACCCGCCUCGGCGCGCCGGUCGCCACCCUGCCGGGGCUCUCUGGAAGCUUCGGUCACCCCUAAAGGAGUGCUUCGCAGAUAAUGGCCCGCCUAUCAAGAGGGUGGCGUCGUGCGAAGAUCGGGGGUACCGACUGUCGGGUCGGAUGGCAGGACCGCGCAAGGACUACCGGGACACGGACAGGCGUACCCAUCUCAAGGACCCCAGGACUCGACUCAACUUUCCGGGAGAUGGACCUCGCAUCAGGACCGGCAGCCCCGACUCACGGACCGCACUGGAGACGGAGGCGGCGCGCGGGGUUCUUAGACCCACGUCGCCAGGACACGGGCCGCACAGACUUCCUUUCUUUUCCCCUUCGGACUGUAAGAUGUACGCGCGCUUCACCUCACAUCGGGACUUUUAUUCUUUACUCUCUGCUUCUCGCCCGUAUGCUCUCGGACUUGGACUUCCGUGCUCUGUUCGAGAUUUGUGCUUUGCUCGCGCCGCCGCGGAGGAGGAGGGCGGCGCGGGAUGAUAGCGGGAGGGGUGGUGCGCGGCGGGGCGGUGGGUGUCGUGCGCAGGCGGCCUUAUAUCAAUAUGGCACUAUAUCAAUGAGGCCCUCGUUAUCGACUCCCCGCGCCCGCCGAUGUUGCGUGUUGUCUCGUAUGCAUCGUGUCGUCGUGGCGGGCCCCCAUAGACUCACUGCGCUAUCUUUCGUCCUUUUUUGCUUUCGCUUUUUACCCCCACGACAGUCACCUGCUACGCUACGACGAACAUUUAUUGAACACCCAGCUACCUAUUCACCACUGGCUUGCCUACUACCACCGGAUAACGUACACUCGCAUAAACUAGAAUUUGCAUGGCUAGAACGGGUGCACGCUCCCCUUUUCAACCUUGUUUUGUGUGCGGUGCGACA